CUGGACCAACCCUCCAUUAAUGGAAGUACCAUCCCUGCAACCGCAUGCCUCUUCAACCCAUAUUCAUCUGACAUAAGUAUAUAAUAUAGUAGCCAUCACCUCCAACUAUCUGGGACUUCCGUUGCCCCUUUUUGUCUUCUCUCAAGAGUAGCAUGGCUGUGGUUCCAGUAUGCCACAAAAUGUCCUACAAAGACCAAGCAUAUCCAAUUCAAAAAAUAAUCAGACAGAGUGAGAAAGGCUUCGGCUGGGAUUGUAUUGGCAUUCAAGAGGGUUCAGGGUGCUUUUCUUCAAUGUGCAGUGAUUCUACUGGUAUAUCCAUAAAGCUGAAGGCAAGGGUUCAUAACAGAAGCCUUUUGCAGUUUCGCCACAGAACUGAGUUGCAUGGCUUACAUAGGAUGUCUUACACAGAAAGCUGUUUGAGAUCCAUUUCAGAAAAUGCUUCACAAAGAGAAAAUUUGGGCACAGUUUGGUCUGCAUCAGAAUCUAGUACCAAUGAGAAGCAACUGAGAUUGUUAGAUUUGUAUUUUGGGAAGCUCCACAAUGAAGAUGAUGGGUCUUCUUUACAUUCUUCUGACAAAAAGACAGAGUUAAUGGAUCAAAGUGGUCAAUUCAAACCAAAAGAGGGGCUGGGAUCUCUUGAAGAUCAUCUUGGCAAAAUUAAUAAAGAUGCAACCUCAGAAAACUACUUACCAUCUUCUCCUUGUGACAAAAUUGAUGAAGACAAGCAUGACAUUGAACCAUUCUCUACCACUGAAGAUGUUAAUCCAGUGGAUGAAGGAAAACUGAAAAGCUAUGCUGAGUUAAGAAACAAGGAUGGUGACAGUGGUCCAAAGAAUUCUCGAGAGCAACAACCAUAUGAUGAAACUUCUGAUCUUUAUUUGAUAAGUAUAUUGGUGUCUAUCAACAUUGCAGUUGUUCUAUUUGAACUAGCAUCUCCAAUUAGGAACUCUGACUUGGAACUCUCGUCUCUCCCAUUAAUGUACGGAGCAAAGAUAAAUGAUUUGAUCCUAGUUGGAGAAUGGUGGAGGCUAGUGACACCAAUGUUUCUGCACUCUGGAAUUUUUCAUGUAGCUCUUGGAUGUUGGGUGCUUCUUACAUUUGGGCCUCAAGUUUGCAGAGGAUAUGGUUCAUUUACAUUUUUCUUGAUAUAUAUACUGGGAGGAAUCUCUGGCAACUUGACCAGCUUUCUUCACACACCUGACCUGACUGUCGGCGGGACAGGACCGGUGUUUGCCAUAAUUGGGGCUUGGGUCAUCCAUCAAAUCCAGAAUAAAGAUGUCAUUGCAAAGGAUGUUUCGGAGAGUAUGUAUGAGAAGGCGAUUAUUGCUACUGCUCUGAGCUCAAUAUUAAGUCAUUUCUGUCCAAUUGAUGAUUGGACACAUUUCGGUGCGGCUUUUACAGGUAUAGCAUAUGGAUAUUUCACAUGCCCAACGCUACAACUCAAUCACACUUCCUCAAAAACUGGCCAAAAAGAAGGAAUCACACUUGUUAGACGAUAUGCUGAUCCUUGCAAAUCACUCAUUAUAUUUACUCUCUUCGUCCUUGUCUUAAUUUGCGUGCUCUUCUUUAUCGAACCUCCCCUCAACACACUGGUGUUCAGUAGCUUUGAGUAGAGGAGAUAGGAUUACAGGAAGAAAGAAGUUGGUGUUUUUGAGCUCUUGCAGCUAGCAUUUAGGCAGGAAACACUGAGUUGGAAGCAAAUAAGGUGUCUAUUUAUAGAAUAAUGUACAAGGAACUUUGCCUGUACCCUUUUUGAAAGUAUUACUGCAACUUCAUUUUAGCAAACAAAACCAAAGAAUAUCAAAAUCAAUUAGUUAAAAACCAAUCAAAUCAAACUGGGUAUUGUUCUCUGUAAAUCCACAGCAAGUGAAAUUCAUGUGGUUUGGAGGUAAUUGCUAGGAUUCAGGCUGAUUGGUUCCUUGUCUAUGAUCAUCCUUACUGUUGAUGUAUUCAGCUACUUGUUUUCAUUUGCAUGGUCCUGAAUUCUAGUGGUUGAGUUUGAUACAAGCUAUGAACAAGUUUUGAGGAAAGAAAGAACUCUACCAGUCCAACAACAUUCAACUCUGCAAAUUUAAAUUAACCAUUGAACAAGCGAAGCCAACACUGCAGAGCAAUUGCCCUAUAGGUCAAUGGGUUCUUUAUGCUGGACUUGGGUUUGGUUUACUUGAUUUUUACCAUUUCAGGAUGAGGAUUGAAUUGCAGACUGGGAAAGGAAAAUCCAGGAAAUGUGAACGCAUGCAUGUUUCCACGUGUCCAAACGUGUCCACUGAGGACACUUUGCCAGUGUCUCCGACAUAAACCAAAGUUCUGAAAUCACUAUGUAACGCAGCUGAGAGAGGGUCGGUUAUGUCAGUUGAUCUGAGACGUAUACAGAGAGUGAGAUGCGUCCGACGUAUGAUGAUUCCGCAUGCACCCUCCACGUCUAAAGCAGUCUCUCUUCUUCAACAAACACCUGUAUAUUGAAGCUUUCAACCAGUCACCACGUAACCAGACCCCCUUCUAUCAACUCCAGAGACUCACAUAUGCUUCUUUCUCUCAUGAGCUUCAGCUGAGCUUGAGGCUUAGAUGAUGGCGACUGGAAGGGGUGGAAGAAGCCUGAUGGGUCCUCUACUAGCAGUCAACUUUGUUGUGUAUCUCAUCAUACUUGGACUGGCCGGUUGGUCUCUUGAUAAGUACAUAGAUGGUGAACAGAAUCACCCACGUAAGAGCCCACCUCUCUCACAUAUGAGCCUUCUGGAAGUUGGGUUUACUUAUUUGUGGCUGUCUCUAUGUUUGUACCUUCAGAUCUAGGUGGGAAUCCAUCAACAAGCUUUAUGCUGAUAUUUGCCUUGAUAGCUGGGGUCACCGGUGCCUGUUGUGUGGUGGCCGGGUUCCUGCAUUAUAAAGCAUGGACAAGUGACAGUUUGGCCGCUGCAGCUUCUUCAGCAAUCAUCUCCUGGGCCAUUACAGCCUUAGCCGUUGGGUAUUCACAUCAAUAUUGAAUAGAAUUGAACCCCAAAUAUUGAGAAUCUGAAUGCUUAUGAUAGGUACAAUGGUAGCGAUUUCUGAUGACUUUGGUUGGGUUUCUGAAUACAGUCUGGUGUGCAAGGAGAUCAUAUUGGGAGGGUACAGAGGAAAGCGGUUGGUAAGAGGACUAAAAUUAAUUUGCAUGUGCAUACGCAUAUGCUUAUAUUUGAAGGACUAAUACAAUAAUAGUGGUGAAUUGCAGCAAACAUUGGAAGCCCUGAUCAUAGUAUCAACAGUGAGCCAGUUACUGUAUCUGGUGCUUCUUCAUUCUGGGUUGUGGAGUAGAAGGUAUGGUCCAGGUUACAGCAGCAGCUAUGGCACUUAGUACGGCGGCAUCAACACAGAUCUAGAAAUCCACAAGGCUGCUGCCGCUCGGGAUGUUAUUUGAAAGUAAUCUACUUUUUAAUUAACAUGCUUUUAUGUACAACUAGAACAACCAGCUGUGCUUUGUAAAUGCUUGCUUCUGAAUCUUGUGUGCGUGCCUACUGAAUCUUUAGGGUCGAUUUGGAAAAGUAA